AUGGAAAAUUUUAACGUUGAUAAUCUAGUGGAGAAUGAUAUAGAUGAAAUAAUCGAAGACUGGAUUAUUAAUGACACUCCAUCAGAUGAAAGUGAAUCGAGUGAUACAGAAUCUUCUGAUGAAGACGUACAGAACCUUCCUCAUAAAAGAACCUGUGUGAAAAACUUUGUAGAAAAUACUGUUAAUCUUUAUACCGAUUUUGAAUUUAAGAGCCAAUUUAGACUGUCUCGACAAACGACUUACAAUUUAAUUGAACGGUUCCAGCAAAGUAUUUUCCUUGUCAAUAAGGGACUUCGAGAAAAUACAGUUACUCAUGAACGAGCUUUCUUGAUGGUAUUGUGGUACUUGGCCAAUACUGAAACGUUUCGACAAAUUGGCGAUCGAUUCGAUCUAAGUCGCAGUUCUACAUAUAAAGCCAUAAAUGAUAGUUUGAACUUUAUCAAUUCAUUAUGUGAUGAGUUCAUAAUAUGGCCAGCGAAUGAAAAUGAUAAAGCUGCCAUUAGCCAUAGUAUUUCUCGUAGAAGAAAUAUCAAUGACGUUAUCGGUGCCAUCGAUGGCUGCCAUGCAGUGUUGCCAAUUCUACGGAUUUUUCCGUAG